UUUCUUUUUUCUUAUCAGUAUUGUCUCCUGAGAGUAAUAGUUGGUUUGGUGGAUUUGCAUCACAUCGUCAGCCAUGUCUGCCGAAUCAGCCUCAGCUAUUCAACGAAACCAAGUUGAUUUGUUGGACUUUGUGGACUGGUCAGGAGUUGAAUGCCUUAACCAAAGCGGUACUCACUCUCUUCCUAAUGCCCUUAAACAGGGAUAUCGGGAGGACGAAGGUUUGGUACUAGAAAGCGACGCAGAUGAGCAACUAUUAAUCUAUAUACCUUUUAAUCAAGUAGUUAAACUACAUUCCAUCAUUAUCAAAGGACCAGAGGAGGAAGGUCCUAAAACUGUGAAACUUUUUUCAAAUAGGGAGCACAUGGGAUUCAGUAAUGUUAAUGACUUCCCUCCUAGUGAUACAGCUGUUCUAUCUGAAGAUAAUCUUAAGGGAAAACCAGUGAUCUUAAAAUAUGUUAAGUUUCAAAAUGUUCGGAGCUUGACAGUUUUUGUCGAGGAUAAUCAGUCCAGUUCUGACAUUACGAAAGUUCAAAAGAUUGUUUUAUGUGGAACAACGGUGGAGACAACAGAUAUGAAAGCACUGAAGAAGAUUGAGGACCACUGACCCUUAAAUUCAGCAACAAUGGAUGAUUGUUUCGAGCAUUUUAGUGCUUUUGUUGUUAUAGGAACAAUGAAGAUCAGAUGAUCCAUUUGCUUGGGACUUCGAACGAUGCUUCCUUCCUUGCUUAUCUAAGGAAUGUAACAGAGCAUUUACUGUUUGUCACUUUCGCAUAACACUCCAUACACAAAGUUUAGGCUUGUAUUUUUUUGCCCUUUUCGAAGAUUUUCUCCAUUAUUGAAGUAUCUUCCAGUAAUACUCGUUAUCCCAUGGUUUGUGCAUUUGAGCAUCUGAUUAUCCGCAACGUUCUUAUACA